GGCGAUGCGUUUCACGGAUGGCGCGCUUAUGCUGCCGUAGUAGCGAUCUGGAUUUACCGAAGCAUUGGACGCUUCUACUCGUAAAGAGGCCGCGGAUGGGAAUCUUCUCUCCAGCGCCGUCCGAGAAAAACGAUCCGCCGCGUUCGACCGCGUUUGAAGGCGGCCGUGCGACGUGCCUCGUACGACUCUAUCCCAUCGCCGCCGCCACUGCUGGUUUCUGAACUCGGCCGACCAGCUGAAACCCCUGCCAUUCUCGGCUGCCGUCUCGUUACAGCUUGGACUUUAUUGCUUUGUUCAUCGUCCGCUGAUGUUAGGACAUCGGAGCCCGCUUAGACAGCUGUCAAGCGCGAUAAAGUGUGUGUGUCUGUGUCGCCGGUGAGAAUUUCCAUUUCGGCUGGAAUGCGGUGCCCGCAGUGACGACUUCGGUGCAUCCGAAGAGUGAUACGCGAUGGAGCCCGGCUCACUUGUGAAGGCUCUGUACGACUUCAAUUCAGGUCUCGAAGGAGAACUUUCGAUAAAGAAUGGAGACUUGAUUCAGGUCGUGGCAGCCGUCGACAGGCACUGGACUCUGGGCAACCUCCGUGGCCAACUAGGAAAAUUUCCGUCCGCAUUUGUGGUCGAAGUCAAGGUGCCACAAUUAUUGCCCGGACAGGAGCUGUUUGCUGCCAUUGCAGAUUUUUCGUCUGAUGUGCCGGGGGACCUGAGCUUUCGAUGUGGCGACCUUAUCAUCGGACUAGCCGCGGUGGACGCGAACUGGUGGAGGGGCCAGCUGGACGGACGCGAGGGCAUCUUCCCACUCUCGCAUGCCUGGAUGUUGGACAGGGAGACUCUCCGCUCCACCCAGGGGUCGCAGAACGUCGACCUCUGGGCUCGCGUGCUCCAGAACAUAACCGCGCAGCUUGACGACGAGAUGAGCCUGUGCAGUGGCGAUGUCGUGCACAUCCAGCGCAUCAUCGACAAGGACUGGUUCUGGGGUGAAUGCAAUGGCCGGUCAGGCAAGUUUCCCCGAAACUUCGUCACACUCCUCUCUGACGAGGAGGAGACCGCUGCACUGGCAAAAGCAUCCCAGCCGCCCACGUCGACCUGCCCAAACGGAUGUUUGCCGCAAAGUACCUCGGGUCCGCCAAAGCCACAGCAUUCUUUUGACUCUAGUCAAGCUGACAUCAUAGGGGACUUUAGCACGAUAGUCGUGAAUGGAGCGCCGGCGGUGUCCGACGUCAGUGGUUACCACAGCCUCAACUCCGGUCUGGCGCCGUAUGCACGCUCUAAGUUUGCGUUUGAGGCCCAGUACCCCAACGAGCUGUCAUUUCAAGAGGGAGAGCUUGUUACACUGAUCCGACACGUCGAUGACGAGUGGACGGAGGGCGAGCUCAACGGCAGGGUUGGGCUUUUUCCGACUGAGUACGUGGACAUCAUCGUCGACUGUGCCGACCCUGCGGUGAACACAGCAGCAGCCUCGAGCAUUGGGGCAGCAGGUGAAGCCAGUGCUUCAGGGGCCUGCUUUGGACGAGCCCUGUUUGAUUUUCCGGCAGCUGUCGAAGGUGACUUAGCACUGACUGCAGGCGAGGUCGUUGUCCUGCUCGGCAAGGUCAACAACAACUGGUAUCAGGCAAGGUCACGUGACGGGCGAGUAGGGAUCUGCCCAACAUCCUUUGUCGAGGAGAUGGUGAGGUCGUCGUCAUCAGAGGCUGCUGAAGUUGGCCUGCGGAAGAUGGGAAGGUUCAACUCCGCUCCGACAUGCCGUGCUGGGGAGCUGCGGAGAAAGACGCUUCCGCCGUGGAACAGCCUCGCGGAAGAGGCGUCGCCGCCAUCCCAAGCCUCUGAAGGGCACGGUCCGCAGAGUCUUCCCGUCUCCACAUCCGGCGAAGGGGACUCGAGUCACGGAGCACCUGCCACUGUCUCCGACGCUGCUGUACCUCCAUUGAGGCGCGCAAACACCCUCACCAGUUCAGACAGCGCAGCUUUCAAGAGGGAAGUUGCCAGUUUUCAUGAAGCCAAACCAGUGACUCGGAAAGCACCUGUGCCAACGCGGCCGCCGCCAGCCGUACCCUCAACAUCGUCCACUAGCGUGACUUCACUGCCAAACAGGUCGGCCCCCCCAGUACCACUUGCCUCACCGGACCCGUGGGCAGCGUCAGAUGCAUCGUCUGGACCGGAAGCUACAACACAGGACCAGGUCAAUGAAGUAAUGCCACAGAUGGCCUCUACAAGCCGAGGUGGAACAGCAAAUGACUCAGUAGCCAAGGAUGAGGAAAAGCGGCGCAAACUGAGGGACCAUCGGCAGUGUGUGCUGACGGAGCUGCUCCAGACGGAGCGCGACUACAUCAAGGCGCUGCAGGUGUGCUGCGACGUCUACCUCAACGACGUCUCUCGGAGCAGGAUGCAAAGCUUGGACAUCGAUGCUGUGACACUGUUUGGGAACAUCGACGAGGUGAUUUCUGUCUCAUCACAGCUGCUCAGUGCCCUGGAGAAGGAGCUGGUGAAACCGGAAUGCUCACAGCUCAUUGGCACUUGUUUUGUGAACGUUGCCGACGAGCUGAAAGAGGUCUACGGCCACUACUGCCGCAACCACGAUGAUGUCAAUGGCCUUUGGACUAAGUACAUGGAUAAUGCGCGAGCAGCUCAGUUCCUCCAGGCAGGCGUGGAGCGCAUGCAGCACGAGACCAACUGCUUUGACCUGCCGUCCGUACUCAUCCGUCCUGUGCAGCGCAUACUCAAGUACCCGCUCCUCAUCAACGAGCUGGAUAAGUCAACAGAGGCUGACCACCCUGACAAGCCAAUGCUGGCACAGGCCAUGGCAAAGAUGUCCGAUGUUGCGACCUCCAUCAACGAGUUCAAGCGGAGGAAAGAUCUUGUAUGCAAGUACAAGAAAGACCCAUCAGAGUCAACCUUGUCUCGGAAGCUGGCCAAGCUGAACCUGCACUCGGUCCUCAAGAAGUCGUCCAGGUUUGGUGUCCGCCUGUCAUCCACCUUUGGCCUCACGUCUGUGGAAAAAGACGAAGCCUUUGAGCGUGCUGAGCGAGAGUUCCGUGUCCUGGAGAAGGCGCUGAAGCUUUUCCUCAAGAACCUCGCCGUGUUCUGCGACCAGAUGAAGCAAACGGUGCACGUGUCACUGCAACUGUCGGAAGACCUGGUCCAGUACUACCACGACCGCAAGUCGCUGCCUGAGGUGGAGCGCUACCGAGCGGUCCAGCACACCAUCUGUUCCCAGCACUGGCACGAGUUUGCAAUGGCGGUGGAUCGUGAUGUGGAGGGUGUGCUCAAGCAGCUCCUGCAGAUGUUUGUGGGUCCCAACAAGCUGAUCACCAAGCGGCAGCACAAGCUGCUCGACUACGUGGCCAGCAAGAGCCGCCUGGAGAAGAACAGAGACUUCACCAAGCAGAAGGCGCUCUCGGAGGAACAGCAGCUGGCCAAGAACACAUACUGUGCGCUCAACGCGCAGCUUCUGGACGAGCUUCCCAAGCUGUGUGGCAUUGCCCGGGAAGUGCUGCAGUCGUGCGUGCAGGAGUUCCUGCGCGCCCGCAAAACGUUCAUCGGCCGCACCACACGUGAGAUGCUCAGCCUUAUGGAGCUUCCCAUGAUGCUUAGCGCCAAGGGCAACAGCAAUGUGCUGGAGAACUUCCGCAUCAAGCACAGCCUGGUGCUCAAGACUCUCGCGGAAGAGCCAAGUGCGAGCGAGGCCAACCUGUUCACUGGCCUCCUGGCCAAAGCCGAGGGUGGGGGCACCCUUUCCCGCAGUGCCGGGGCCAAGAUGGCUGCCCGCCUGGGGCUUGGCUCUUCGCCAAGCGCAACCAUCCCUGGCAAGCUGGAGCCUCAGACAGAAAUGCAGCGGGUGUUUGUGCGCUCCAGCUAUCCCAUGGAAUUCGUCUACACCGUCGCGGAGGACUAUGCCUCCUCCGACAUUCUGGACAUCAACCUCCACACUGGCGACAUUGUUGGCGUAGUCAAGCAGCAGGACCCCAUGGGAAACCCUGAACGGUGGUUCGUCGAUAAUGGAGCAACCAAAGGUUUUGUGGCAGCCAAGUUCCUGCGACCACUGCACCGGCCGCAGGGGCGCCCUGAUUCGCACCUGCGCGUGUCCCCGCAGCCGCCAGCAGCAGUCGGGUAUGACCCACCACCGCCAUACAGUGCCACCGACCCCCUGAGGCCACGAACCCCAACGCAGGUGUCGCGAGCAAGUCCAAGCCCACAGCCUUCAGAACAAAGGAAACCAUACACAUACGCUGAAAUAUCACGGCCGCUGACGCCAAGUGGAAGUAGUACAAGCCAAGUCACUGCGACCCUGCCAAGCCAAGCCAUCAACCCAAGUGGCUAUAACCCGAGUUACUCCAAUUCCUUGUCCCCAUCAUCGGCUGCUGAAGUUCCAAAUGGGUCCAUCUCCGGUGGAAUGCCAUCAUCUUCUGCUGUACCCUCAGUUAUCUCUUCAUCUGCCGCCUCAUCACCUGGCGAUCCACGUCGAAGCUCGCUAGGGCAGAUGGCAGCGAGUCAUGGCAGGCCUGACAACGCCUCCAUGAGAACAGUUGCUGGAAGCGCAGAGAAGGGCGGUGACGUGACAAGCUAUAACUACUCUUUUGCAACCAACCAGGCUGAGCGUCACACCUACGAGGAGAUUCCGGAAGAGAACGGCCCCUCCAUCGGGUCGCCGAUCCGGGAGCCAGAGACUACAGGCUCUCGGUAUGCCAACCUUGAGUUCGACCCGCUCUCUGAGGGUGUAACCAAGGCACCAGGUGCUGCGCCUCCACCGCAGAAACAGAGGGAAGCAGCCGAGAUGAAAACAGCAGAUGUGGGCUCCCGCUACGGAAAUCUUGAUGCUUUGGGAGCAUCUGCAGCGGGCAGCCCUCCUAUUGUCAAUGAGUAUUUCUAUGCGCUGUACCCGUUCUCGGCAGCCGGUGCUCACCAGCUUAGCGUUGCCCAGGGACAGGUGUUGCUGGUGAUCCACCAGUGUGACCUGCACGCAAACCCGGAGUGGUGGUUCGUCCAAGAUCGCCAUGGCAACCAGGGAUAUGUGCCUGGGAACUACCUACACCGUUACACAAUGUGACGUCAUUGUUAGAGACGACAGUAGCUGGCCACCUCUCCCAGUUACGCCUCACCGAUGUCGAUAUGAACUCUCCCCGUGAUGACGAACUGUGGCUUCUCAAUUUGUGUUCCGUGUGGUUCAGUUUUGAAAGAACAGCCUCGCAGAUGUCACUGACAACUUGUGCUGCAGCUUAUUCCCUCGACGCGGCUAUUUUCAGUAGUCAUCUACUACUGUAACAUGUGACCUGAGUUGUACUGCUGAUGCCGUCAACCGUUGAUCCGUCUGCAAAACAUCACUAGUGUCGUCUUGUCACUGUCCUACACUCCUCAGCUCCAGAGUUGGAACAAGAAGACGGAGGCUCAAGAAAAGGCUGGAACUCCUGAUUUACCACUUUCCACCCUACAGUCCUCAGCUAGUGCUUUUUUCUUCACUGACGUGUUUUUUUUUUUCCUGUGAUUCGAACCUUACAUUGGGGUGUCCCUUUCAAAGAUGUUGCAAGUCAACUGCAGCCACUGGUAUGGUUUGUUAGCCUACACUAACUUGUGGAUGGACAUGCGCCCUGUGUUCAGUCCUUGUGGUGGCGACUGUCUGUGCAUUUAUCACUGGUGGUGCUUGCUGUAGGCCUGUGACCCUUGUUUCACGUGAACAACGCUGCUUAAGCCAUCCAGACUCGCACUUUGUGUGCAGUUACGUUGUGUGUUGCAGCUUUAAAGACUUCAGUUGCAGCUCAUUCGGUGCCUCAUCUGCUGACGUUACCCACUGAUUCUUUUUGCACUCGGCUCGUGACUGUGUGUUGCUUCCACUGCCAAAGCCUGCCCACUUAUAUGCAUAUGAUUUUCUUCUUUUUUUGCUUCAGGCAGCUGGGGCACAUUAUGAUGAUCGAAUUUUCUGUGGCAACUUCUUCACCGCAAUUUACUAUUACUGCAAUGAAAAAACUUCUCUGCAUUUGAAAAAAACAAAAAACAUAUAUAUA